AAUACGAAACCUAAUUCGUAUUAUCGAUUUUUUCCCCUUCCGGUCUUGUUUUCGAUUCUCUUAUAUUACCAUCGAUUCUCCUUUCUCAUUAUAUCCUUCACGCGUAUAGAUAUUAAAAAAGCUGUGGAAAGUUUCCUCUGUUUCAGAUGCAACCUUCAAGAAGAAAAGUCCCACUGUUCGACACAGCGGCUGGAAUGAAGCAGAGGAAGAACAGUAAUCUCUCGAUCUUCGUUGUCGUCUUCUCUAUGUUCCUCUUCGGUGUUUUUAUGUACAACGAGGACGUGAAAUCCAUAGCCGAUUUCCCGUUCUCGAGCUCUAAACCCACCGAUGUCCAGGAGAGACCGAAGGAGACGAUCCUGGUUGAUCAAGAAUCGAUCAAGAACGCAAACCCAGAUCAAGAAUCGGCGAAAAACGAAGAUCCAGCUCAGGAAUCUGUCAGGAACACCGACGAAACGAAGAUUAUGACGUCGAGAGAGAAAGAGAAAACCGAGGAUGUUAAGGAAGACGAAGAGGAGGAGGAUAAGAAGAUAGAGAUGGCGGUGGUUCCGGAGAAAGAAGACGACGGAGACGUGGAGAUUCCGCCGGAGGAUUGCGAUCUCUUCACCGGAGAAUGGGUGUUCGACAACGAGACUCAUCCGUUGUACGAAGAGGAUCAGUGCGAGUUUCUUACGGCGCAAGUGACGUGCAUGAGAAAUGGGAGAAAAGAUUCUCUGUAUCAGAACUGGAGAUGGCAGCCCAGAGACUGUUCUUUGCCAAAGUUCAAAGCGAGAUUGUUGCUGGAGAAGCUGAGGAACAAGAGACUGAUGUUCGUGGGGGAUUCCCUCAACAGAAACCAGUGGGAAUCAAUGGUCUGUUUGGUCCAAUCUGUGAUUCCUCCUGGCCGGAAGACCUUGAACAAGACCGGUUCUCUCUCCAUCUUCAAAGUCGAGGAUUAUAAUGCGACGGUGGAGUUCUACUGGGCACCAUUUUUGGUAGAGUCGAAUUCGGAUGAUCCGAACAUGCACAGCAUCUUGAACCGUAUAAUAAUGCCGGAGUCGAUCCAAAAGCAUGGAGUCAACUGGAGAGGCGUUGACUUUUUGGUCUUCAACACCUACAUAUGGUGGAUGAACACUUUCUCUAUGAAAGUCCUACGAGGAUCGUUCGAUAACGGGGACACGGAGUACGAAGAGAUCGAACGGCCGACAGCGUACGGGAGGGUGUUGAAGACUUGGGGAGACUGGGUUGACCAAAACAUUGACCCUAACCACACCACUGUCUUCUUCAGCAGCAUGUCUCCUCUCCAUAUCAAGAGCUUGGAUUGGGAGAACCCAGACGGUAUAAAGUGUGCGUUAGAGACCAGACCGAUUCUAAACAUGUCGAUGCCGUUUAGCGUGGGGACGGACUACAGGCUGUUUGCCGUAGCGAAAAACGUCACGCAUUCUCUCAAGGUCCCGGUUCGCUUCCUGAACAUCACUAGACUCUCCGAAUACAGGAAAGACGCACACACUUCGGUUUACACCAUCCGGCAAGGGAAGAUGCUGACGGCGGAGCAACAGGCCGAUCCGACAACCUACGCAGACUGCAUCCACUGGUGUCUCCCGGGCUUGCCCGACACAUGGAACGAGUUCCUCUACGCUGGUAUCAUUUCACGCUCGUCACCCCCUUUGUAAGUUUUUCUUCUUACUCUUCUGGGGUUGUAACGGUGAAAUGUUAUUAUAUUUUUCCACUUUUGAUGAUUCA